AUGCUGCUGCUGGACCUACCGGGUGAGCUCUUACUUUGUGUCAUGGACCAUCUGGAGCGGGCCAAGGACAUCCAUUCUCUGUGUCUCACCAAUUCGCAUGUAUAUCGACAGCUGUUACCGGCGCUCUAUCGCUUCAACAUACGAUUCCAAAACAGCUCGGCGCUGCACUGGGCAGCGCGUUAUGGUAAGCUGGAACUUAUCCAGACGAUGUGUGUUUACCGGGCCCGCGUCAAUGUGUAUCUCCAUGGCUACACACCUCUUCAUUUUGCCGCAAUGUUCGGACAGGCACCCGUUGUGAGAUGGCUGCUCUCGUACGACGGCAUCGAUGUCAACUGCCGCGGCGAGGGUCUGGGCUUGACCCCGCUUGGUGUGGCGGUGCGGAAGAAGGAUGUAGAGGUUGUUCAGGUGUUGCUUUCAGACGCCCACAUCAAGCUAAACGGCCGGAACGACGACGGGUUCACAGCUCUGCAUGAAGCCACAACCCGCGGGUACCUGUCCGUUGCCAAGCUGCUCCUCGCUGCGCCAGGGGUGGAUGCAAAUGUGGGAGAUACAUGCGGGCAGACCGCACUCUGGUGGGCGACGAAGCGCUCUGACGAGAUUCUGACAAAGCGACUGCUAUGCGAAGACGACCUCGAUCUUAAUGUUGUAGGCCGGGAUGGAUCAACAUCCCUUCAUCAUGCGGUCCAGUACCGGAACCGAACCAUAGCACGGCUACUUCUCUGCGAGGAGAGACUGGAUAUCAAUGUACCGGACAUGACCGGUUGGACUCCACUUGUGUGGGCCGUGCAUCAAGCGGACAUUGACAUGGUCAGACUGUUGCUUGCGAGAGACGAUCUGCAGCUGGAUCCAAUCUUCGCCGGAAACGCAUCGGCACUGGGCCUGGCAGCGGAACGAGGCCACACCAAGAUUGUGAACUUAUUCCUCGAGCACCGGGAUCGCUUGGACAUUAAUCUCCCAACCCAGGUAGGCGAGACCCCACUAUGCCGGGCCGCAGCAGCCGGGCAUCAUGAUGUCGUCGAUCUCCUCCUUCAAGAUCCUCAGCUGGAUGUCAACCGGGCGGACCUCAUUGGACGCAGUCCGCUGUGCUGGGCGGUGUAUGCGGGACAUUUAAACGUUCCAGAGCACAAUCACUUAGAUGCAAUACUCAGAGCAUGCGUAGAGCCGGCGUGCAGAACUCUAUCUCGAAGUACAGGUACGGCUUUGCCGCUCUCAGUGAAUAGUCCCAGAACGGACCGCAGCCAUAAUAUAUGCUGUACUGGUAGUAAUCCUACACAUCAAUCAACUGAGCCUAGGGGAGGCAAAUGGUUGAUUGACAAACCGUCAAGUGAGCGUCAGGUGACCGGUCACGUAGGACGCUCACUCAUGCUACUCAUCAUGUCUGAGCAACCGUGGCUAGGUAGAAUCGGUACGAGGAGUAAGUCUUCGCUCCGUGCUUUCUGCACUAUCACAUUCAGUGCGUCGCAACACAGCUGCUUGCCCUCGCUAAUGCAGACGUCAUGUGACUGUGUGAGAUGCUGUAUGAUUCCUGAGGCUCCUGUAUUCCCUUCAAAAGUUGACUAG